UGCAUCAGCAGGGCAUUUCACAACCAAGCCCAGCCCCCCUUCUCUACCCUUCCUUGCUUCACCUUCAUUUCACUUCAUUUCAUCCCUCCCUCUCAACUGGAUUGGUUUGACUUGCCCCUCUUGCAUCCAGCGUACCUGGACAGGUAUUGGCAGAACACGACCCUGGACGGGGAGAUUCAAGUGGCAGCGCCCCCCGUCAACUUGGAACCGACACAGUCCCAAGGCCAAGCCCCAUCUCAGCAGCGCCAUUUGCGUCACCCUGCCAAGGACCAAUACAACACAGCCUUGUUACAGCUGGGGCUUUCCCCAUCAAUUGCUUGAAUCUAUUCGCACAUGAUCACUAUUUCCGAAACACAUCCCUCGUCUCUUUCCUCCCUAUUAUAAUACCUACCGCCUAAUAACCAAUGUCGACCCCCCGAACAAAGCGACAGUUUGCUGGCGCAGCCAGCGACCCCGCGCAACGACAUAUCACCUCUUUCUUUCACACAGCGAGUUCUGCGUCUACCAACAGCAACUCCGUUAAUCAGACAUCAUCAUCGGCAACAACACAGCGACCCGAUAACGCAUCAAACCUACCUGCGACAGUGCAAGCAAAUCUGCUCUCCGUGGGCAUGCGCAUACGCAAAUCCGUGCCCGAAGGAUACAAGACAGGAAGCUACAACGCCUUUGCUUUGUGGGACGAGACCGACGCAGAUUCUAUCACAGUAACCAUGGGCGAAGGCCAGCGAUCGCGUGCAAACGCCUUCUCAUCGCCGCGGGAGUUGCUCCCGUUCUGCGGCAUUCACAGGGUCGGAGGCUUGGACUCGCAGCCCGAAGCCCAGCGUUCCACACCAUCAAUACCCAAUAUGCGUGCAGAAGUCCCGACGAUAGUAGCAUACCAGCCAAAUUUCAGCACGGAAAUGAGUGACGAUGAGGUGCCAGGACUGACAAGCAGUCAAGAAUCCGUAGGGUCAAACACCUCGGACAGCGCAUUAUCAGGGGCACGGACGCGGAAGCGAUUCUUCGUCGAGGACGAGGAGGAAACUCCCGGACAGCUCAACUUGUGGCGGCACAACCAUGAUAUAUGUAGCCUGACGCCCGUGGGCUGUAAUAACGGCCGCGUAAUGGCAGUGCCGCGUAAAGGAAGGCUGCGAGCCAAGUUUUCGGGUACAGCGAGCGCAAUGCCCGGCGUCGGACAAGAAAACGUCAUGGUCGUUGACAGCGAUUUCGAGGAGGCUGGAUUUUUGGACCGAGGAACUUGGGAAGUGAACAUGAGCGACGCUUAAUGCGGCCCCCUCUCAGCGAUUCGCACAGAUGAAUUGCAAGGAUCGCUUUAUAUGACAUGGGCUUGGGAGUUGGGGAUCGGGAUGGCGCAGCGCCGAAGGCUCAGGAUACCCGGCAUGUUGGAUGGAUGGCAUUAAGGGGGAGUUUGUACAAUUUUCAACGCAUGGUCGGACGGAUUUUGAUGAUAGCAUUGUGAUUCAAGAACUUGUAUGUAAUAUGGGCGUUCUAGGUGUUGGAAACAUCGCGGUGGGCAGACAUCUUGGUCAGAAUGCUUGCUUCUACUGUGUCCUGGCUGAGUUUCAUCCAGAGGUGGACUUCAGAGCAAUAGUUGCGUUUCCGCAAGCUUGGGUCUAACUACAUCGCAUAACAAAUAAACGAUAAUUCAUGCACAACAAUAGUAGCAAAAGUGA